AUUUUUUCAAUAAUUUAACAGUUUAAUUAUUUAUUUAUGAUAGAAUUAAUUUAAUUUUUGGAAGAUUCGGGGGAUUUUUUAUGUUUUAUCCAAUUUAGAUAUAUCCAUUUUUACUCAUUUUACCACUGUAUUCUUACACAUUUUCAUUAUUUUACCUUUAAAAUAUUCAGAAAUUUACAUUAUUUUAUAAAUUUAUAAUAUUUGACAAAUUUAUGAUUUUUUAUUGAUUUAAUGUGAGAAUGGAUGAUUUUGAAGAAAGUUCCCAAAAUACCGAUCCUUCAACCCAAAACGUGGAGGAUGCUGAGGAUGAUGAGUCGGGAGUAUCAUAUCCAGAGAUGUUGGCGGAGGUUGUGUUGUUGACAAGUUCUCUUGGAGGAUUGAAGAAACAAUUAUUUGAAUCUGCAAGAGCUCAACAUUUGUUAGAUUGUAAAGGCUUGGUUUAUUACAUUGUUGAUGCCAAUAAAGAUCUCUCCAAUGCUACAGAUUGGAAAGAUUAUGAACUGUUUGAGAAUUGGAAAUCCGAAGGCAUCUUAAGAUUAUUCAAAGAUGAUUCCGGUAACGAUUCAGUUGUGUUACCGCAAGUGAUAAUUGAUGGAGUAUCAAUUGGUGAUCAAAAAUUCCUACAAGAUUUAGAAGAUGACGGGGAUCUAGAUUAUAUAGUGGCGAGAUUAAUAUGUCCGAAUUGUUUAUGUGAUAAGGAAACGGAAGAAGUUUCAUGUCCAAAAUGUAAAAUUGAAUACAAGAACAUUGUACCAGAGGAAUACGACGAUAAUACUUACAUCAGAAAACUUUGUCAAGGCCUGCCUUGCCAAUAAAUUCGAACUCAAAUUUUCAAAAUUUUUCAGCAAAUUUUCACAAAUUAAUAAUUUUAAAAUAAUUUUUUCAAUUUAAAAA